AUGCGCGUCAUUGAUUUAUCCCAGGUUGUCGUUAAAGCGGAGCUUCUUUGCAUUGUCGUCUGUUAUGCCCUGGCCACAUGCCGUUAUGCUCGAACAAUUUGGAUGAACUGUUGUGGUUUGGCAUUGAACGAUUUGCGAUUGUUCAGUUCGUGUGUUCGCAUUAUCAAAGGGUGCAAGGGCUUCUUUUGGCAGGGUAGUGGCGCGGAAUGCCAAAUUGAAGUGCACAAGCGAGCCGUCAGGGUUCAUAUUGCGCGUGCAUUUUGUGGUAUAGCUUCUGUGGCAAUUCUCGUGUACGUCCCGAUGUCGCAUUUCACUGCAGACGACCGCCAGCAUAUUGUGCCAGUGCGGGUGCAUGAAGCUUGGUGCGGAGUCAUAUGCGCAAUAGUUGCUGUGUCCCCACGACUGUCGACGUCACGGCUACUUCACGUCUCGUACGCUCUCAUUGCGUUUUCAAAUGUGGUAACAUUGUCACCAUUGUUGCAAACCGCGUCUAGCGUUGCUACCCUUCAUGGCCACAUCAUAUUUGAGUGUCUGGCCUUUAGCUUAUUGGACUUGUACCUUCCAGCGAACUUGAUAUUUGCAACUGUUUCCUAUUUGACCGCCGCGCUGACUUUUCUUGUUGGGGAUUCCAGUGGCAGUGCUGCCAUCGACCCGCAUACACUGGAAGAUUGUCUGUACGGUUGGUUCAGUGUUACUAUAUUGCUUUCGGUUGCAAACGCUGCUCUUUCCAAGGCGGUUGUUGUCCGUCUAGACGGCGAGUCAUUUAGGAACGAGCUGCGCGCCGCAAAGUCGAUCUUGGCAGGCACAUGUGACGCUGUGGUGGAACUUGAUGCAGAAUUGAGGCUAGCACAGCUCUCUCCGAAGCUCGCGGACCUGCUCAUGUUAAGCCCUGAGCGAGUCGCGGGUAACGCGAGCAUGUCGUCUCUCCUUGCCACGGAGGCCGACCGCGAGAAGUUCUCCCAAGAGGUAACCUCCAGUACGACACAUGAUGAGUUUUGCAAGGCCUUUCACGUGAGCAUGAAGGAUAGCCGUGGCAUCUCGGUACCAGUGGAGGCGUUCUGCGUGCGUUUCAACGGCGUCGGUGAUAAGGAAUCGUUUCUGCUUGGCUUCCGGGAGUUUGUAGACACGGUUUCGCCCAGGAGGGACCAGUUUGUUUCGCCUGGAUUGCCCAGUGCUGCGCUGACGAUCGAUGUCCAAAGCAGGCUGCAAUCGCAAGAGGACCAGAGCACAGAACGCAGCAAUUCCGAAGAUGGAUCGGGUCUGACGUCAGCUGUACCUGAGCUUGCCAUUUGGUUUGAUGUUGUGACGCCAGCGUUCACAAUGCUCUGCUGCACGAGUGCCUUGAAGUUGCUUGCUGGUAGUUCUUGGGCACAGAUCUGCAAGUUUGAGCAGAGUCUUCUGCAAUGCAUCCAGCCAGCAAUGCGAGAGGACUUUGAGUAUUGGGUUCGUUUCUGCGUCGACAAGUCAGAUAACAGUGCCAGUCAGGGAGAAGCUGCGCCGCUGGAAGUGGGAUCAGUUCGCUUCCGUUUCAGUGAGCAUCAUCAUCGUUUCCACCUCGCCAUCGAGAGCAACGUGACGCUAGUCCUGGCCCCGCAAGAUCGCGAGGAUUGGCCCGCCGGCCUGGGCGAGACGUCGCGCGUGGUGAAGAUCGUUCUCGAGAGGCCCAAGUGGAUCCAGGGGGGGCACUGGACCUCCACGAACGUCCACACGCCCCUGCCGAAUGACAUCUCCGUGCUGGCCGGCGCCCUGGAGUCGGACGGCUCCCUGGCGCCGCUUGGCCGGUCGGCGCGCUCGCACGUCGGCCGCCGUGGGCGGAGCGCCCGCGGCCGGCGAUCGGGGGGGAGCGCCGACGGCAGGCGCUCCCGGGACAGCGGCGAGCAGCGCCUCGGCCCUGGGGGCCACGGAGCCACUGGCCAGGGCGGCCCCGGUCGCAGCGCCAGCGGCUCCGCGGGAAGCGGGCGCGCCGGCCAGGCGGGCGCCCACAACAUCCUGGCCCUGUGA